AUGGUUGCCUCCACUCUUCCCCAGCAGGCCGAUAUUGAAUACAUGCCUGAUCAUGACAAGUAUCUGGCGCGUAGCAAGCGCAGACAGGAUACUGAACAGCUGGCUAUGCAUCUUCCCGAGGGCUUCCCUGCACGGCUGUCAGGGGACCUAGUUUGGGAUGCCAAAACUGCUGGUAGAUAUGACUGGAACUAUAAACUCAGCACUGAGGAUAUUCGUGAAAUUGAGGCGGCUCUCAGAUACUUCCAGUCCUUAGGAAAACCAAUCGGCGAACUCUGCCCCGAUACGUUCCCUCUACCUAAAUUGCAUCCUAAAUUGCGCGAUAUCUCUAGGCAGGUUCAUCAAGGCUACGGCUUCAAAGUUAUUCGGGGUCUGCCCGUCGAUGAAUACACUCGCGAAGAGAACGUUAUAAUCUAUACUGGUCUAUCAUCACAUGUCGCCCCUAUCCGCGGCCGCCAGGAUAGUAAGUGGCAAGGAAGGCCAGCCGAUGUUAUGAUUGCCCAUGUCAAGGAUCUGAGUCAAUCAUGCAACUCCAAGGACAUUCCUGGUCCGGUGGUGACCGCCGACAAGCAAGUGUUCCACACGGAUGCUGGGGAUGUCAUUGCCCUAUUUUGUCUCAAUGAGGGUGCGUGGGGUGGUGAGAGCUAUCUCGCCAGUACUUGCCACGUGUACAAUGUCCUAGCUGCUACACGCCCAGAUCUAAUCAAGACGCUGUCCGAGCCUUGGCCUUUCGAUGACUUUGCGCCAACCGGUGAUGUAUACAAGCUACGGCCGCUUCUCUAUUACCAGCCUGCUACCGAGAGAGGGCCCGAGAGACUGAUGAUCCAAUAUUCGCGGCGGAACUUGACAGGCUACAUGGACUGCAAGCGCUCAGCCAACAUACCGCCACUCACUGAGGCUCAGGCAGAGGCCCUUGAUGCGAUCCAUUUUACCGCUGAGGCCCACGCUGUUUCUCUGGAUUUCCGCAAAGGCGACAUUCAGUUUGCCAACAACUUGAGCAUACUACACGCCAGGGGUGCCUUCACCGACUCCAGUGAGAAACAGAGGCACCUCUUGCGGCUUUGGCUGCGUGACCCGGAAUAUGAGUGGGAAAAGCCCUCUGAGUUGAAGGAGCGAUUUGAUCGAGUUUAUGACGGCGUAACGGUUGAAAACUCGGUCUAUCCGCUGGAAGCUACCAUACGUAGUAACAACGUGGCUACAUAG